CCGCCACUGCCGCCCUUCCUUUUCCUCUUCUUUUUUUCUUUUCUUUCCCUUCUCUUCUCCUCGCCCUCUGGCGAUCGCCAUCGCCGCCCCCCACCACCGCCACCAAAUCCGCUUCGCUGCACCGCGAAGUCGCCGCUGAAAGCGGCGGUCCAAGCUCCCGACCCGCACUUCUAUCAGCUGCUGCCCCACCGCGCGGAGACGCAGGCGCCCGGCACUGCAUUUCUGCGCUGACGCCGCUGUGAUUUGACCCCGGCGCUCGGUCGAUCGCUUCUUGCUAUUGGCUUCCUCCUUUUGGCCGGGUCGCUGGGUUCCAGCACAGCACAGGAGUUCAGCUCCGGCUGUUUUGUUCCUUCCGCUUCUUGGAGCUUUCCCCGCCCGAGCCUCGUGGUAGCCGCCCGCCAGCCCGCCCGCCAGAGCUUCCUCGGAGGUUUGUACCGGAGCCUGAGAGGGUACAUGCCAUGGCUCUUGAGACAAAACAAGUUGGUCUGUGUAUCAAGAAAUUUCUGAGGUCCUCCAUUAGAACAAGCUACAGAUGUGUCUCUGAACAUCCAGUCCUGUUCAGUUUGGGUGUUUUGCUCUAUCUGUUGUACAGAUCUGCACCAGGGUUCUUUGCGUUCCUUCUUUCUUCUUCACCUGUAAUUAUAUGCACCACUCUUCUUCUGGGAAUCCUACUGAGUUAUGGAGACACGAACCUACCUGAAGCUAAUGAUGAGGAUACCAAGACUACUCCAGAGAUUCCAGCUUUUAAGAUGGAGAAUUCUUCAAGGGAUGUUCAGUUUGGGUCAGAUCAGAGAAUUUCGGUGCCUAGUUUUAGGAAUACUACAGAAAACUUCAAAGAAAGGGAAACAAAGCGGACAGGUUCUGUCAGAGAGAGGUCUACUCAGCUUGAUGAUGAGGUUCCUCUUCUGAGAAGAGUUGAUGAAGAAGAUGAGAAGUUUGAACAUGGUGACAAACCUAAAACAUUAACUCCAUUUCCUUCCAUGGUCAAUUUCCGUGGAGAGGCUGGGGUUAGGGAGGGCUUAAACUUUAACCAGGGAAUGCAAUUCGCAGAUUCAUUUUUUGUGACAGAUAUGGCUGAUAGGAACGCUAGCUUAUUUGAAGGUCUGAAUGAGAAGAAUGCACCCUUGGACAUGUUCUCAUCCAGUGAGAAUGUUAAUAAGCAUGCUGAAAUGCAGGAGAAUCUGAAUCUAGCAGCUAGCAAAGUGAGUGAUUUCUCUGAAGAGAAGCUGACUGAUGGGACAGCUGGAACUAGCAGACCAACUUAUGCAGUUUCUGUGCGGCAGAAUAAAAAGCUUGAUGUGCUUAAGGAUAAUACUAGCAAGGCCGUUGAGGAAAAUCUCCUUGAUUCCUCUCUUGGUUCACCAUGGGCAUCAGUUGGCAGUCAGGAUGGUUCAUCUGGUUUUGACUCUGAUGGGGCUGAGAGUUCUUCACCUGAUGCAUCCAUGACUGACAUUGCACCAGUUCUUGAUGAAAUCGACCCUCUUCUGGGUGCUGAUUUCACUCGUCCUGAUCCCAUUCCUAAUGAUGAUUCAGACAGUGAUUCACAUGUCUCCUCGCAGGAUCAUGAAACGGAUGAUGAUAGUAAUGAUGAUGAUGAUGAUGGCAACAAUGAUACUAAAGAUGGUGGUGAGGAGAACAAGAAAGAUGAAGGUCAGGAAGCUGCAUUUAUUUGGACAGCAGAUGAUGCAAAGAAUCUGAUGGAUCUUGGAUACUCUGAGAUGGAAAGAAACCGUAGAUUGGAGAUUUUGAUGGUCAGGCGAAGAUCCAGGAAGAAUAUAAUAUUUGACAUUGACACUAACCUAACGGAUGCCAAUGGGAAAAGCGGAGAUGACUUAUCACGCUUUGGUGCACAAGUAUCACACAUCUCAGUAACAAGGAGGAACCCGUUUGACCUUCCAUAUGAUUCCGACGAAGCGGCAAUUCCUGGCUCAGCUCCUUCAAUCCUGCAUGCAAGAAAGAACCCAUUUGAUUUUCUUGAGCAUUCCAGUGAAAGUGGCGUUUCUGCACAUGAUAAUUUAAGCCCUGGGGAAUCACCACAAACUUCUCAUCGUGAAAUAUUUAGAAGGCACGAGAGCUUCAACUUUGGAACUACAGAUGCUACGCAGGAGGGACGUUUGUCUAGAUUGAGGCCAUAUUUUGUCCCUGAGACAGUAGAAGGGAGCACAAGUACUUUUCAAAGGCAGUUCAGUGACAAGAGUGAGUCCAAAUUGAGUUCUGUUACUGAAUCUGAUAUGGCUUCUUCGGUUGCCGAUCAGGAGGAACACAAGGACUUCGAUGAAAAGGAUGUGCACAGGGAGCAUGAGUCACCAGCUCUCCUGAGACAGGACAGUGACCUUGCAGAUGCUGGCAGUGAAUGUUCAGAUGGUAUCAACUCCGUGGAUGUUGAACUAGACAACAGCGACAUUGAUGAGCGUGAGAUUGCUCUGCAUCAUUUUGUCUUCGAAAGAUCCGAAGAAAGAGAGGCAUAUCUUGUCUCAACAAAAGGGAAGGGUCAUGAUGACAAUUACAUGCUCAAGUCAGAUGGGAAUUCUACGGUGCCACUUCAUCCAGUUGGUGACUUGCUUAGCUGGGAUGAUGGGGAUGGUGAAAGCGUCCUGGGUGCCAAGUCUUCUAUAGCACCAAACAUAACAGCUGAAGUCUCAGAAUGGCUUUCUUCUCCUAGGCCAGCUGAAGAUCAUGAAUUGAGAUCAAGGGACCUUGGUCUUGGUGCCACCAGUAUUGCCGAGGAAGAUGGAAAUGUUGAUUCCAUGUCCUGUCCAAACAAUGAAAUCCCAUUACAAAACCUUAUUCAUGGGCCUAUGGACUUGCUAACUGAUUUUGAAAAGGAAACAUUACCAGCAAUAUCUAUGGACCUUCACCCUAUCCCUGAGGAGAGGGUUCUCGAGAACUUCAACAUGGAAGAAAAGCAUGAAACUGGAGCGUUUACUGGUUCUGGUACUGCCAUGACUGACUUGCAUGUAAUUGAAGAGCACUUUGAUGUUGCAUCGGAAGUAAGCCCAAGUUCUGUGGUUGCUUCCUUGUGUCCUCCUGGUGCGAGUGGUUCCAACCAAUCUCCAUCGAUUGAACCUAAAGAUGUCUCAAACCCAUUUUUUUCGGUGGCUUCUGAACCUGACAGGGUGGAUAUGGUUGAUAUGAAUGAAGAAAUGACUUCUGAUUAUCUACUUGAUUCUGAUGAUGAUGAUGCUGAUAGAAUCUAUCCUGAGCCUUUAGAGGAUAACGGUAUUGAUGAAAGUUUCCUGUCGGAACUGGAUGCGGUGGGAGACUUCCGGGUAGAACCGGUGAGACUGGAUCAGCAGGUGCCUGAUCUUAGCUCCCAUACUUACAACCCUGCUGAUGGUGUUGCAGAAGACUCCUUGAUUAGCCCUAAGACUUCUGGUGACAUUGCCACAUCAGAUGCCAGUGCCUUAGACUCUGGCGAUCUGUCCCCAUUGGUUGAUUAUCUAAGCGGCACUGAUCCUGAAUUCAGUUGGACAUUAGGAUCAUCUCAUGAUGAUCCUGAGCAAACUGUCUACAAUCCACGGCGAAGGAUUCUUGAAGCAAUGAACAGAGAGUUGAAUCUACCAUGCGACGAACCAGAAGUCACAGAAAUGCCUUCAGUCAAUACACCAUCUGAAGCAUACUUAGUGGUUGGAGCAACUGAACUGGAAGUUGCUAAAAAUGAGCCCGGGACAGCUAAAACUGAUGCUGAAAUGAUGGCUGUUGAUGCCAAGUCCCUGGAGGACAUAGAGAUGGCCUUUAAACAAGCGAGUGGUGGUGGUGUUGAUGAGGCUGAAACUGCACGCAUCUCAGGCGUUGAUAUUGACUUAGAGCCUUUAGAGGGUUCUGAAGAACUCCAUGUGAUUGAUGCAAAAUCUGUUGAAGACAUUUCUGCUGCUUUGAAGGAACACUCUAAUGUUGAUGUGAACAAUUGCUUCGAACAAAACGAAGAUGAAGUUGGAUGUGGAGAGGUUGCAGAAUGCGCAAAACACGACAGUCUUCCAGAAGGAACACAUGUUGAAAGUCUACAGAAACACCUACCACGCGACGAGCCAGAAGUCACAGAAGCACCUUCAGUCAAUGCCCCAUCAGAAGCAUACUUAGCAGUUGGAGCAACUGGACUGGAAGUUGCUAAAAAUGAGGCUGGGAUAGCUAAAACUGAUGCUGAGAUGAUGGCUGUUGAUGCCAAGUCCCUGGAGGACAUAGAGAUGGCCUUUAAACAAGCAAGUGCUGGUGGGUAUGAUGGGCCCACCCUUGACGCCGAACCCGCACACAUCUCAGGCGUUGAUAUUGACUCAGAGCCUUUGGAGGGAUCUGGACAGUUGCAUGUCAUUGAUGCAAAAUCAGUGGAGGACAUUUCUGCUGUUCUAAAGGAACAUUCUAGUGUUGAUGUGAACAAUUACUUUGAACAAAACGAAGAUAAAGUUGGAUGUGCAGAGGCUGUCGAGUGCACAAAACACGACAGUCUUCCAGAAGGAGCACAUGUUGAAAGUCUGCAUUUGGCCGGAGAUGAUAGGGAGCCUGAAAGCAGCAUGAGUUGUAUCGAGGCGAAGACCAUCGAUGACAUGAAUGCAGUGUUCAAGAAGAUGUCUGAUGGCCAUGAGGAAAGUACUGUAAAGGCAAUGGAGUCCGAGGAUGAUCGCCAUGGAAGAGACGCAAGUGAACAACACUGAAUUACUAUCGCACAAUUGGUAAAAGGGAAUGCAAGUUGAAAUGGAUCCUUAUUGAUUGAAGAAGCUUAUUCUUGGUUACCUUGUGAAGCACUCCACGGUACUUGGGUUCAUAUAGUUUCCAACACUGGAAAUAUGAAGUUUUGCUCUAGAUUUUUGUGGAUGGUAUUUUUUUUUCCUUCUCCGUUUGAGGUUUUGACCGUUUGUAUUCAAUUUGAUUCUAUUUUUGCCCUUGCAUUCUCUCCCUCCGCUGUCCGUAAUUUGUUAGCUGGGGCAGUGUGGUGUGGUGACAGGGAGAGAGAACAGUGGAUUCUAUCAUGUAAUGUAGAUUAUCUUUCGCUACUUGAUGGAGGUGAGAUGGUUUGAUGUAA